AUGACGGCCAGAGGCAUCGUGCGCUCCGUGCCGGAGGCGGCUGGUCCCGCUCGGACCUUUCUGCCUUCGGGGCUUUUAGGAGAUGGGAGCUCCUCUAGGGAGGAGAAAAGGGGUGCUGAGGGGCUGCUGGAGUACAACCCCCAUCAAGCCCCAGCCAGCAUGGAAAGUGUGGGGUUGAUGGGGCUUAUAGUCUGCCAGUCCUUGGAGGCCACAUUUAUGGAGGCAGACAGCGGGGAGGAUGAUUGCCGGUUCCAGCCACGGAGCAUCAGCGAAAGCUUUCUGACCGUCAAAGGCGCCGCCCUCUUCCUGCCCCGCGGAAAUGGCUCCUCGACCCCCAGGAUCAGUCACCGGCGCAACAAACAUGCAGGCGACCUCCAGCAACAUCUCCAAGCCAUGUUCAUGCUUCUCCGCCCGGAAGACAAUAUCAGACUGGCCGUGAGGUUGGAAAGCACGUACCAGAAUCGCACCCGGUACAUGGUGGUGGUCUCGACCAACGGCCGGCAGGACACGGAGGAGAGCAUCGUCCUGGGCAUGGAUUUCUCCUCCAACGACAGAGUUUUGGAAGCCGGCCUUCCGCCCGAGCCGUGUCCCCCCGAUGGGCUCGCCUCCGAGCGGUUCCUUCCCAGUUUUUCUCAGCGUGCCCUUGAGCGUCUCAAGCUGGAUCCGCUUGAACCCGGUGCUGCUGGAAGAGAGGAUUCAGGGCUGUUACAUAAGCACAAGGCGGUGGCAUUCCCACCCAGCCAGCCAGCCUGGCUCGGCAGUAGCGUCUGCACGAUGGGUCUGGUUUUACCCCUCUGGAGCGAUGCGCUCAUUCACCUGGAUGGCGAUGGGGGCUUCAGCGUCUCCACCGACAACAGGAUACAUAUCUUUAAGCCAGUCUCCGUGCAGGCAAUGUGGUCUGCCUUGCAGAGCCUCCACAAGGCGUGCGAGGUGGCGCGGAUCCACAACUACUACCCGGGCAGCCUCUUCCUCACCUGGGUCAGCUACUACGAGAGCCACAUCAACUCGGACCAGUCCUCGGUCAACGAAUGGAAUGCCAUGCAGGAUGUCCAGUCCCACCGGCCAGACUCUCCCGCCCUCUUCACCGACGUCCCGACCGAGCGCGAGCGGACAGAACGCUUGAUCAAGACCAAGUUGCGGGAGAUCAUGAUGCAGAAGGACUUGGAGAACAUCACGUCGAAGGAGAUCCGAACGGAGCUGGAGAUGCAGAUGGCUUGCAACCUGCGGGAGUUCAAGGAAUUCAUUGACAACGAGAUGAUCGUCAUCCUGGGACAGAUGGACAGCCCCACCCAGAUCUUCGAGCACGUCUUCCUGGGUUCGGAGUGGAACGCCUCCAAUCUGGAAGACCUGCAGAAUCGCGGUGUCCGCUAUAUUUUGAACGUCACCCGGGAGAUCGACAACUUCUUCCCUGGAGUUUUUGAAUACCACAACAUCCGGGUCUACGACGAAGAGGCGACCGAUCUGCUGGCUUACUGGAACGACACCUACAAAUUCAUCUCCAAAGCAAAGAAGAACGGGUCAAAGUGCCUGGUCCACUGCAAGAUGGGGGUCAGCCGGUCGGCCUCCACGGUGAUCGCCUACGCCAUGAAGGAGUACGGCUGGAACCUCGACCGGGCCUACGACCACGUGAAGAAGCGCCGCACCGUCACCAAGCCCAACCCCAGCUUCAUGCGGCAACUGGAGGAGUACCAGGGCAUCCUCCUCGCCAGCAAGCAGCGUCACAACAAGCUCUGGCGCUCGCACUCCGACAGCGAUCUCUCGGACCACCACGAGCCCAUGGGAAAGUCCGGGAUGGAGGUGAGCAAGAAGGAGAUCACCACCUCGGCAGACCGGAUCUCGGGGAACAAGGCCUCCCACUGCCACCCCCUGUCGGGGUCUCCAGGGCUCCCCACCAGCACCCCGAAAGAGCACCUGUGCCAUUCCAGCCCCGGCGCCCUGGGGAAUCUCUGCAACCCGGACAAGGCGAUCCAGCGGGAGAUUGCGCCGAGGGACUACCGUACGGAGCAACUGGAGGACGAGCUGAACCUCAACAACCUCAACGGGGGCCCUCCCGGUUGUCCCUUGGACGAGACGGGUUUUCCUCUGGACAACGGCAGCGCCGUCGCGGAUGCCUUGCGGCGGCGGCCGAGCGAGGAGGCCUUAGGGGUGCCCCCGGCGAGCUUCCCGGACCUGACGGUGGAGGAUUUGGAAAAGGACGCCCUCCUCAAGCCCGGAGACGGGAGCGUCCAUUUGGUGCCCAUGGAAGAGCUGGAGUCUUGCCUGCGGGAUGCCUCCGGCCGCCCCUCGCCCAGCCCGCCACCUUCCGCCCCCCGGCCCGAGGAGGCUGACUUUGGGGCCGACCGCAUCGACUUCUUCAGCGCCUUAGAGAUGUUUGUGGAGCUCUCGCAGGACAGCCGGCCACGGGCCUGCUCCCACUCGAGGGCGGAGGAACAGGGGGGUGGCGGCAGCAGCGGCAGCAGCAGCGGGAGCCGGAACAGCCUCUCCAAAGGCACCGUGCUGGAGCUCUCCCCCUCGGACCCGCCGUCCACCGAAGACGCGCCACGGAACAGCUCGGCGCGCAACUCCCCACUGGCGUCGGAGGAAUCCUCCUUGGAGGAGGAGCAGCUCAAGCUCUCAGAACCGGAUCGUUCGGGCGGCCUGACCCGCUCCCACUCGGAAAACGCCGUCUCGGUGAAAGAGAUUGUCACAGAAAUAGAGUCGAUCCACCAAGGGGCCGGGCAGGGGCCGGUGAGGACGGACGCCUUGAACAACCCCAUUCUGGCGCCCAAGAGAAACACCGUCCACGAGCUGCCUGCGGAGUCAGUCUGGACCUGGGAAAACAAGCUUGGGAAAACCGAGCCUAAUGAGGGAGGCCGCUCUGUCCUGAAGGAGAACCCCAAGGAGCCUUUGAAACCGGACCCAGACGUCGCUGUGAUCCUCCAGGAGCCGACGGAGGCUGAUGAAGCCGGGGAGCUGCCGGAAGACCUGGCAGAAAGCCCUGGGAACCCUCGGCCGAAAUGGUGCCCGGGCUCCGUGCGUCGGGCCACCCUGGAGUUCGAGGAGCGCCUGAGACAAGAGCAGGAGGCCCCCCACGCGUCCCCCAUCGCCACCCUUCCCCUCCGCAAAAACUCCAGGCAUGAACCCUCGUCCCCGGAACUGCCUGCCAAGGGCAGGACUGAAGACCCGUCUCAUGAGCUCGUUCGGGUCUCGACGGAAAAGGAGCCCUCAAGAGCUGGGAGCACCGAGACGGGGAAUGGUCCCGACCCACUCGCCAAAAAGCCUUCCUCCCCCUCGGGUGACGACAGCCCCUCGGUGGAUCUCACGGGAUCGGCCGACGAACACCGGACGGCCAUGUCGGCGGAAAACCGAGAGAAGAUUCCUCGGCCCGGCCACCGCCCCCACCUCCUCCUCCCAAAACGGAUUGAGAUCAUUGAGUACACCCACACGGUCCGGUCGCCGGCGCUCUCUGGUGCGGGCGGCGCCCCCGAAGGGUUCGAGGAUACCCUGGCGGUGGCAGUGGAUGAAAACUGCAACGCCACCGGGCGCUCCGAGAGCCCUUCCGGGCCGCCGGACAGCAGACGCUCGAGCCAAUCAAUCUUCUCCUUAGGCAGCCCCGACGAGGAAGAGAAGGCGACCAUCGCAGGGACCUCGGCCCAUCCCGGCGCUUCCGGCUCUGCUGGACGAGCGAGGCCAUCGCCUCCGCCUGGCUCGGAUGGCCAGCUCCUCUUCCGCCUGGAGGGGGUCACUCAGAGCAGCAGCAGCUCAGACCCUGAGCCGGCCCUCCUGGGGGGCGGUUAUGCCGGAAACGGACGGUUUGCCUUUGAGGAGAGGGGAGGUCUCCUGCGCCGGCGGAGCGAGGGCACCUUGACACACUGGAACCGAGAGGACUUGGAUGUGCCUGAGACGUUAGGAGGAACGGGGGCUGAGCGGCCCCCGGAGACCCCCGCCCCGUCGUCCCUGUCCCGCGGCCUUCUCCACAGCUCCAGCAGCGACAGCCUCCGAGGCUCGAGCGGAGCCUCCAGCGUAGUGAAGCGCCGCGCCCAGGAGUUCGAUGCCCGGAUCCGGCAAGCAGGCCUCACCACCCCUUCCCUGAUGAAACGCUCGGCCUCCUUAGCCAAGCUGGACUGCCUGGACCUCUCGAAAGAGGACUUGUCCGGGAGGCAAGCGGCCGCCGCUCCCGGCACUGAGCCAGCAUCUCUGGAAUCACUGCGUACCCUUUUCGCCCCCAGGGAGCCUGGCGCCCGGGGCCUGGCAUCUCUGGAAUCGCUGCGUACCCUUUUCGCCCCCGGGGAGCCUGGCGCCCGGGGCCCGCCCGCUCCCCCCACCCUGGCACUGGAUCCCACCAUCUCCUCGCCGCUUCUUCGGGUGCCCCAGCCGACGGCGCAUUUAGUGGAGCAGCUGAAACUCACCGAGUGCAUCGCUCUGAGCCGACCCGUAGAGAGGCCGCCGGCGCAGUACGCCCGAGAUUUCAACUCGGCCCGGCAGCUUCUGGAAGCGACAUUGACUAGCGCUCAAGCGGCCGGGCUGCCCAGGUCAGCGGCGCCCGACGGGCCCCAGUGGCUAGCUCUGCUCCCUCGGUAUCAACACAGUAGAACUCGACCGCCCAGAAGACUGAGAAAAACCAAUGACAGGAAACGAACCACGAAUCCGCUGUACAACACCAUGUGA